AGUAUGUUGAGAAUGCAGCAUAACAGUCAUCCGUUCUUCAUUCCUCGUUGCGAGCACCAACCAAUCAGUGUGCUAUCUUCACGUGUUAUUUGAAAAAUAGUUAGCGGUGUGGACAUGGAACCUUUCUGCUUGCAAUAUAUAUCGGUCGUACGUCACGAUGUGUAGCAGCUAUAGUCGUAUGAAAUGGCGGUCCUCCCCAUUAUGGUCAACAACAUUCGUCCUGCUGUGUAAAAGAAAGACAUUUAAUUUGGUUUUCCGGCUAUUUUACAGAGCUUACAGUACAGUUUCAAGACCUCUUUUGAGCGUCAGAACUCGGCCAUGAAUUUUUCAGCGAGUAACGACUACCGUGGAGAUGGUAGAGUCAUCCAAAACACCAUAAUUAUGCAACACAUUGAUAAAGUUACCUUCCAACGUGGAGACGAGGUUCUUGACGUGGGCUGUGGAUCAGGAGAAGAGACUAAAACGAUAGCAACAAAGGUUAAAAGUGCAACAGGUGUCGAUUCUUCGGAAGCAAUGAUAGCGACGGCUCAAGAAAACAACUCGGCAUCCAACAUUUGGUAUCUUGUCUGGGAUGCCAGGACCGUCGGCAACAACCCAGAAUGGCGAGACAGAUUUGAUAAAGUUGUGAGUUUCUUCGUGCUUAACUGGAUCCCGUCGGCAGAACAGCCUAAAGCGUUGGAGAGCAUCUUGGCCUGCUUGAAAAAGGGAGGAGAGGGGUUGAUUCUCACAGGCAUUGAUCGCAACAACCGCCACUUACUGGUGCAUGCUUAUGCACACGCUAAGAACCAUCCGAAGUGGGGUGUAUACAUGAAGGACUACGUGUCACCAUUGCGUUUGUGGUCACCAUCCAUCCCAGACACGGUUGAAUGGUUAAAGGGGUAUGGGUGUAGCAGCGUGCACUGUGAAAUCGCAAGUCGGGAUAUAUCUCUGUCGGAGCUGCAAUUCAAAUUGGCUGCUAAGACUUUAUUCGGGUAUUUGAGUCUCAUACCUUCAGAGGAACAGGAGACAUUCCUUGAUGAUAUGUAUCGUUGGGCUCUGUCGGUCUUUGCCGACGAAGCCUGGCCUGGACACGUAGUUUAUGCUGGUCAGGCGAUGGUUAUACACGUCCGUAAAUAAUAGAUGAACUUUGCAUGCUAUACCCCCCCCACGAAUACACUGGCAGUCAUCUUUUCGAAAGGACGCGCUGUUGCCAAGGAGAUCUUUGAUGUGGGUGGUGAUAGGGAAACUACAUUUAAUGAUAAUAAUGAUACAAAUAAUAAUAAUAAAAAUCAUUUAUAGAGCGCCGGUAUCCGCUGCGAACGGCGUUCAUGGCGCUAAUAAGCAAAGACAUCCAAUAAUGAUAAUGAAGGAAUAUUAACCAAAUGCCUGUCUAUGCAAAUAUGAUUUUAAUCUGUCCUUGAAUGUGUCAAGUGAGCUCGAUUGUCUCACAGUUUCCGGUAAAGAGUUCCAAAGUUUGGGUGCUGCAAUCCGAAAGCUUCUCUCCCCCCCAACGAUGAUAUGCCUUAGUUUCCUUGAGUAGAUUGUUUUGGCUGACUGCAAACCCCAAUGACCUGGGGCAUAGAACUAGACAAGAUCACCUAAAUAAGCUGGAGCAUCACCCUGUAAGAUCUUAAAGAUGAUGAGACACAGUUUGUACUGGACUCGUUGUUGGAUGGGAAGCCAGUGCAGGUCGGCUAACAAAGGUGUGAUGUGGUCUGUUUUCCUUGUACGUGUGAUCAUUCGUGUGAAGAUCCUGCUAGGUGUUUCAAAUGUCUAGUCUACCAGCUCCAUAGCCCCUUCACGUGCGUCUUCUGGAUUUGACAGGUGGAAAUAAAUGUACAGCACAAGGAAUCUUGUUGAGUUUAAGAAACUGAAGAAACAGACAAGCGAGUCUAGUCAAAAGGACAAACUCUAUCAGCGACACAAAUUCUUAGGUUGUGUAGGACUUCAGCUCUGUACUUGCGGACAGCAGGGAGAGUCCAGAAAUGAAAUCCAUUGUGCAACUCGUUUGAUUAAAAAUAGACUAAUUCUGGUACUCUGUUGUCCCCAGUAGUUGGCGUUCAACUGAUCCGUGUUGCAGUGUGUGGUCAAACACUCCUUGCACUGUUGAAACCGUGGAGUUUGAAGGUAUCAGAGCUGCAGCAACUGAUUGAAAAUGUUUAAAAUCUAGAUGAGCUGGAGUAGAAGUGAAGUGCUCAUUGUGAUAUAUGAAUCCUCGGUCACUUGCUGUGUCAUGAUCACAAGAAUUCAGGCUAAAAAAGUUAUAGAUGUCAAUGCAGAGCAGUGUGUGGAGCUGUAUCCAAGUGCGCUGCCCACAUUCUACAAAAUGUAGAUGUGUAAAAUAUAAAUGUUUAGAAGCUAUUAAAGGAAACAAAUCACAAAAUCACGUUUUUGAAGAAAUUCUGCCCUCGUCAAAUAGAACAGGCCUUUACGUGUUAAGGCAUUACGCGACUUAUUAGACCCCUUUUUUGCAGAGCUGGUCACAAAAUGUGCAUCAGCAUAAAAAUUAGCAACGUCCAAAAUAUAGCUUAAAAUUGCAAAACAAAAGCUUCAAAUAAGGUUACAUGUAAUUGAAACCCAAAGGUGCAAUUUCAAGGGUUUUAUAAAAUACUUCUAUCUCAUGGUCCCUCUUAAGACAAGCCAAGCAGUAUUUACUCCCAUUUAUAAAUACCUUAUAAGUCAGAGAGUCAAAGAAAGUCAAUAUAUGAUGGACUUCCAACGAUUGUAUUCUAGAAUUUUACUUUCAUUUUCCAAAACACCCCCGUCCAUUUAUGGUAUACUCCUUGUUCGAGG